AUGCUUUUCUUUCUUUUUUCUUUCUUUUCUUUUCUUUUUUCCUUAUAUGUGUUUUCUUUUACGCUUCAUUUUCUUUCUUUUUCUUUCUUUCUUUUUUCUUUCUUUUUACUUUCUUUCUUUUUUCUCUCUUUUUACUUUCUUUCUUUUUUCUGUCUUAUAUACAUAUUUUCUUUUACGCUUGAUUUUAUUUUAUUUUUUCAUUUUUGUUAUUUUUAUUCUUUACUUCUUCAUUUCCUUACUUCAUUUUUUAAUUUCACUUUUUCUCCUAUAUUUUCUUUGUUUGAUUUUUCCUUAACUUUUUCUCUUUUCGCCCGUUUCUUUCUUUUUCUCUUUCCUCUGUUUUCUACUCCGUUAGAUUCUUCUUCAUUUCCUUUUUUCUUGUUACUUUCUCUUUCAUCAUUUUUUUCACGUUACCAUCAUUUUCUUUUAUUUUCCCUUUUUCUUUCCCCCACUUCCAUAUUAUUCUUCCUUUCUGUUUUUAUUUUUUGCGUUUUCAUUUUUAUUUUAUUCAUUCGUUUUUCCUUCCUUCUUUCCUUCCUUCUAUUUUUAUUUUCUUCUCUCUUUAUUCUUUACCUUUUUACUUUUCGUUUCAUAUUUCUCUUCUUAUUGACGAUUUUCUCUAUAUCUUCUUCUUUUUCUGCUUCUUCUUCUUUUUCUUCUUCUUUUUCUUCUUCUUCUUUUUCUUCUUCUUCUUCUUCACAGUCUUUUUACAUCUUUUUUGAACAUUCUAUUUCUUUUACGUUCUUCCUUUCUUGCCAUGUUGCUUAUUGCCUAUAA